AUGGUGAGGUGUAUAUUGAUUACGUUCAGUCUUGUUGGCGACGAGGAUACACCCGCUGACGGCGAACCUGCAGAGUCUUCGGAAGACAGCGUGAGGGCGGAGAUUUUCGAUACACUGACGGAGUUGUACCUUUUCUUCCCGGACGCCGAUCUUUCGCACAGGGAGGUUAACCGUCUGCUACACAUUUUCCGCAAUCCGCGCUUCAACCUACGGGCCCUCAGACGAUGGCGCAACUGGGUGGACGUGCGACGCUGGGGCAUGGCGCGAGCUCCCGCCGACAUGGUCUCUUCGAAAACGGAGGAAAUAGUGGUGCGGGGCCCCAAAGGAAUGCAAAUGAAGCUGCUACUGCACUUCCGCGACACAGAUCUGAUUUUGAAGAAGCUGGUGCGGACGUUCUCAUCGAAGAAGGGGUGCGUUUGGAAACCAAGGAAGAUUCAUCGGAAGAAGAACAACGAGAGGGUUUUUGAAGGACCGGAGACGGGUGAUUGGAUGCACGCUGCCCAGAAGGAGAUUAAUGACGAGGAUGCACUCAUUCUAGGCGUGCUGAUAUACAGUGAUAGCACCCAGGCAUCACGGAAUGGCAGGAGGAACGCGUGGCCGGUGCUGAUCUCACUUAUCAACAUUCCUGCGGAAUUGCGUGGAGUGGAGCCUGGGCACACAUUGGCGGCGGUGCUUCCGUUCCCACCUGAGUGGGCAUCGCCUACGGAGAAGACGCGCGUCUUCCAGGAGGCACUAAAGAUCAUCCUCGCGCCCAUCAUGCGAGAGUCUGCAAGCGCGCCAGUUCGCUUCUUCUACUGCACAGACGCGGAUGGUAAGGUGCACAAGGCGGUCCCUUGCCUGUACGGAUACCCUGCCGACUUCCCUGAGUCCAGCAGAGCAUCUGCGACGCUUCAGCAAGGGUCGCAUCGACCAUGCGCUAACUGCUAUGCAGACAAGGGGGAGUUGACCAUGAUGGUGGGGAAGGUAGAUCCACGUACCCCCGAGAAGCAGAGGAACAUUGUCCGACAGAUCCUGGCGUGUAAGACGCAAAGCCACGCUGACGAGUGCGUGCUUCACAGGUGGAAUUUCGCAGACACAGAGUGGGGCAACGUGUAUCUGGCAUGCCUUGCAGACACACUGCAUGUUCUGGACUCUGAUGUGAUGAUCCACAUGAUGGACACCUACAUAGAGCCGCUCGGGAAGGUUGAGAUGCGGCUGCUUGAACGACGCAAGAAGGAGUUCAAGGCCAUCACGCCUAGCGUUCUCCUCCGAAUCCCAGGGGGCUCAUCGUUCUUCAGUUCAGGCGCAAAUUACGCCGCGUUCGAGCACAGGAGCAUGAUGCAGAUAAUGCCGAUAUUGGUGGCUGACGAGAGUGCAUUGAAGGGUGGAGAGGAGGGAGAGCUGCGUGCUUUGCAGGUCAAAGCGUUCCGGCUGUUUGCUGUGUUGGUGGAGUUGCUACCGCGGGCAUUUCCAAAGCAGGCAUCCCACUGGAGACUCCCAAAGAUACACAUGAUAAGGCAUUUACUGGACAACGUUGUGCACCGUGGGAUGCCGCACCAUUAUUCCACGGAAAUGUGGGAGCGCACGCACAAGGGCACGGUUAAGGGUCCAGUAAGAGGGAGCAACUGGAGCGACAUUCCACGCCGCAUUGUGGAGGAGGAGGUGCAGCGAGAGGUGUACCGUGAAGUUGCUGCAGACGCGGGGGGUGGGCGACAGUACGCGACCGCAUUGAGCGAGGCAAUCAAGACGAGGAAACCGGUGCUUACAAAGAAGUAUCGCAUAGGCGGGGAGUCGGAUCCAGUGUAUGAUGAGUACACCGCCGCGCUUGGAGACGAGAUGAAGGGGAUGGCCGAUGAGUUCAAGGCGUUGGGGCUGUCUACCAACAACAUGCAGGUCCACACGGCGGUGGCUAUUCCGCGCACAAGGGGCAGAGAGCUAGUGGCAAAAGGGACAUUUGUGAAGGCGUCUCCCCGAGAGAGGUGGUAUUCGGACGUGGCACUGCUGAACAACAAGAAGGGAGACUGGUUUGCAAGAUGUCUGUGCAUCUUCAGGGCGGUUGACCGUGAUGGGGAGUGGAAGGGGUACGCAUACGUGCGGUACUAUGAGGGGGCGGGAAUAUGCAAGCUUACGGGGUGCAAGCAGCUGCACAAGCAAGUGGAGAAGGUGAGGCCCGAGCGCAGGCGGGGGAGCGCGGCAUGUCGCAAGGUGGCCGUCCGGUAUACGCAUCGCGGGCGGUUGACGCCGGAGGUACGGGACAAUGUGUACUCAGUGUGCACCGUGUUCACGGAGUUCGUGGAGACUGUAAAUGGUGUGCACUUCAGCCGUGAUCGCAACACCCUCAUCCUAACCAUUCACGAGGCGCAUCGCAUCACAGGCGAGGUCACGCGACCCGUCACGGAGCACGGCUUCAGUAUGCAGCACCUCACCAACACCCGAAUCGUCAACAUUCGUGGGUCGGUUCCUGAAGGGGGCCUUCCGCACCUGCAGGGAGUGGAGGAUGCGCUGAAGGGCCAUUACCGCGUUAUGCUCAUGAAGCGUGCGAUAGCGGCGAAGCGGUUCCAGUUCGACUAUUCGGCAUCCAUCGCUGACGUGGAUUAUGGCCUCAUGCUCGAGUGGCUGGGAGAAGCGUGGACUCGCGUGCGCGCAGCAACCAUGCAGAGGAGCUGGUGGCGCGCCGGAUGCGUGCCCCCGAGCUGGCCGCCACUGAUGGCGUACCUGAGUGACACGAGCGCAACGGGCAUGUUUGAGCCCCUCAUUGCGAUAUGCGUCGAGCUGCAGUUGCUCAUCGAGAAGUUCAAGAUGAGGCAUGCGCGCUUUAUGACGGCGGCCGAGUUCGUCAACCGCGAGGCGGGACUCUGCGUGGAGCAGGGGUUCAGGGCCACACCUGCGGCCAGCGCGUCGGAUGACUCGUCGGGCGAGAUGAGCCUACCAGACGGCCCACUGCUGCGUGACGAGCGCAGCAGGCGGCGCGUGAUUCGCAACGUAACAAAUGCGUACGUGGAGCGUGCCUAUGCGCUCGGCAUUCCCCCGGCCCUCGUGCCAGCAGAGGUCGGAGCAUCUAACCAGGAGGUGAUUUCCCGCCUCGGCAGGACGCCAAUCAAGCGUGCGCGCACGGGGAUGCGCCCUGAGGACGUGCCAGACCCAGCGGUGCGCGAGACUGAGGACGACGAGUGA